AAAAUUGGGAUUUAUUCGAGUUCCUGCAAAAAACGUUACGCGUUUCGGGAGUUAUCCCUUAGUCAUAGGUCAAGAGUUCACUUGUUACAACUGAAUUAUUUAUACACAAGGUGAUGACGCCCUCUAGUGGGCUAUCCAUAAAAUUCCAACUUUAUUUAGAUCCCUUAAAAUCUGAAACGAAGUGAAACAUAAAAACAUAUUAAAAGGGGAAUUUCCUGAAAACAGUGUUCAUUGGGUAAUUAAAAACCGAACAAACUAUCGAGACGGCUUCUGUAGCUGAAGUAGUACGGGUAUCCUGCCUCUCUGGUAAAAAUCACUAGCCACUAGAGGUCUAGAGUCCUUGCUAUUUAAAUGCGGCUUAACAGAUAUAUUCAAAUGCGGCUUAUCAGAAAUAUUCAAUAGAGGCCCUUAUAACAAACUUAUUAGAACAGAUAACUGAUAUCAUGUCUAUAAUUUAGACCAUUCGGGAUCCUUGUAUCCAAUUUAAGGAUCCAGAACGCCUCUCUGAGGUUUAAUUUGUGAAUGAUGUCCCCGCCUCUAAUGGGGACCCAUACUUUUUCAAUAACUUUCACUUUUAGGUCUUUUUGACCAUUAGGUGAACAUAUCUUAAAAUGUCUACCUACCGGAGUGUUCUCCUCUCCAUUAUUAAUACUUCUGAUAUGUUCUCUUACCCUUUCUUUCAGCAUGCGGGAUGUACAGCCCACAUACUGUUUGUUGCAAUAGCUGCAUUCCAGUAAAUAUAUCACGUUCCUCGUAUUACAAUUGUAGAAACCAGUGUUCUUAAAAGUCUGUCCUGAUACAUUAGAUUUAAAAUCAGGCCCGACUGAAACCACUUGACAUGUCUUACAGACGUUCGCCCCGCACUUGUAAGUACCCUUUACUCUUAACCAGUUCCCUGCCUCUUUAGAAGGAACUGAUGAAACUAAACUUUCAUUAGAUCAAGCGCACUCGUUCCAGUAAUGAAUGAGAAAAUAAAUUGUGGGGAUGGAAGAGAUCUACUAGAGAGAGAAGCAGUAAAGCCCAUGGAGUAGAUUCCGUAUUUGCUGUAGUUGUUGGGAGAGAAGAGGCCGCACAUUACUGGAAAUGAUACACGUUAUUGUGACACAAUGUUGUGCCUGGACAUUCUGUCCCCUCUGUAACACUAAAACCUUCCUUUACUCUCCUUUUUACUUUUGUUAUCUGCAAUUUUAUGUUUGAUACUUUAUGUGAAGUUAUCCAGGACUCAAAUGUAACUACGUCUGAAUGUGAUCACAAAUGAUAAAAUUAGAUUUGGAACUUCAAUAUAACACAAUGUGUAAUGUAAAUGCGACAGAAUGACACUUUUAUCGGAUAAAUACAAGUCAGAAUAUAAAGUGAAUGAGACACAUCUCAGAGGCUGUUUAGAAUUAUAAUUCCAUUCCUGAUGUAAAAGGAUUUGGAUUGAGUUCGUCAGAAUUUGAACGUGAAAUGUGAGAUUUAAGAUUCUGGGCGGUGCAUCUAAACUCCGCCUCUAUAGAGUGAGUUCUCUGUCAGGUCCUCUCCAGCUGCAUAUAAAGAGGUGGAGCGACCCUGAUGCUUUUCAUUGUAUUUCAAGAGCUGAGAAAAUAAUGUCUGGACGUGGCAAAGGAGGAAAAGGAUUGGGGAAAGGAGGCGCCAAGCGGCACAGGAAGGUGCUCCGGGAUAACAUUCAGGGCAUCACCAAGCCCGCCAUCCGCCGCCUGGCCCGGAGAGGGGGAGUCAAGCGCAUCUCUGGUCUCAUCUAUGAGGAGACUCGUGGGGUCCUCAAGGUUUUCCUGGAGAAUGUCAUCCGGGACGCCGUCACCUACACCGAGCACGCCAAGAGGAAGACCGUUACCGCCAUGGAUGUGGUGUACGCUCUCAAGCGCCAGGGCCGCACUCUCUACGGCUUCGGCGGAUAAAUCUCUUCCUUCCCACUAAUCUUAUACCCAAAGGCUCUUUUCAGAGCCGC